AUGAGUGGUGUCUCUGUUCGAACAAAUGGAUCUAGCAUGCUGAGUUUCGAUGGGUCAGAAAGUCGUGGAAGCGUGGAUGAUAGUAAGAAAGGUCACCAGAGUUUGGUGGAGUGGUUAAAUGAGACGCUUCCUUAUUUGAAUUUACCAUGGGAAGCUUCAGAGGACGAACUCAGAGCGUGCUUGAGGGAUGGAUCUGUCUUGUGUAGCCUUUUGAACCAGCUUAGUCCUGGUUCAAUGAGAAUGGAAGGCAGCUUUGAACCUGCUUUUGUAAAAAUUGAGCGGUUUCUGACUGCUAUGGAUGAAAUGGCCCUGCCUAGGUUCGAGGUUUCAGACAUAGAGCAGGGGGAUAUGGUGCCAGUUUUACAGUCCCUUAAGGCGCUUAAAGCAAGUUUUUCCGAUGGUGGUUAUGAAAAGAACGCACUAGGUGCGAAGAGGAGAUGGAGCUUGCCAGAGGAUCACUCGGGCUCAAGAGGGGAUGACCGUAACUUUACUGAUGGAAUCCAGUCGAAGGAAGGAUCAGAGAUAGAUAUAUCUGACGCUAAAAUUUCAGAGUUACUAAAAUCGAACAGUUUACGAACUGCUCCUACUCGGUCACUGUUUGACAUGCUGGAUAAGCUUCUAGAUGAGAGCAUGAAGAAGAUGAAUGGACAUGUGUCUCAUGCUAUGGCAUCUCUCUUGAGCGCACUCGUGCAAGUGAUAGAACAGCGAAUCUCAAAUCAAGCUGAAAACUUAAAGAAUCAAAAUAUACUCUUUAGGGUACGUGAAGAAAAAUACAGGUCAAGAAUAAAGGUGUUAGAAACCUUGGCAGCAGGGACAACAGAGGAAAACGAGAUUGUUACAAACUGUAUGGAGCAUAUAAAGCUUGAAAAAAACAGAAUAGAAGAGAGAGAAAGGUCAGAAGAAAAAGAUGUGCUGCGACUGAAAAAGGAAAAAGAGCACAGUGAUGCUGAGAUUGGCAAACUGAAGCAGGAACUCAAAGUGGUGAAAGAGGCACAUGAAAACCAGUGCUUGGAUUUACAAGCAAAAGUACAAAAAACUAAACUGGAGUUGGAGAAGAAGUUAAAGGAUGCAGAGUUACAGGUAGUAGAUUCAACUAGGAAGGUGAAAGAACUCGAGAAGUUGUGCCAAUCUAAAUCUCAAAAAUGGGAGAAAAAAGAAUGCACAUACCAGAACUUUAUAAACAACCAGGCUGAGGCCUUGCAGGAGUUGAAUGCUACUUCGGUGUCUAUAAAACAUGACGUCUUAAGGACACAGAAGAAAUACUUUGAGGAUCUAAACUACUAUGGUUUAAAGCUCAAAGGAGUGGCAGAUGCAGCGAAAAAUUACCAUGUGGUCCUUGAAGAAAACCGAAGACUGUACAACGAAGUGCAAGAAUUGAAAGGAAAUAUCAGAGUCUAUUGCCGAAUUAGACCAUUCCUUCCAGGGCAAAACAGUAGACAAACAACAAUAGAAUACAUUGGUGAGAAUGGUGAAUUGGUGGUUGCGAAUCCCUUAAAGCAAGGGAAAGAUACUCAUCGGUUAUUUAAAUUCAACAAAGUUUUCGGACAAGCAGCUACUCAAGAGGAGGUUUUCCUGGAUACUCGACCAUUAAUUCGAUCCAUUCUUGAUGGCUACAAUGUUUGUAUAUUUGCCUAUGGUCAGACGGGCUCUGGAAAAACUUAUACAAUGAGUGGGCCAAGCAUAACUUCAAAAGAAGACUGGGGUGUCAAUUAUAGAGCUCUGAACGACUUGUUUCAAUUAACUCAGAUUAGACAAAACACUGUCGUGUAUGAAGUUGGUGUUCAAAUGGUUGAGAUAUAUAACGAGCAAGUUCGUGACAUACUUUCUGAUGGUGGGAUUUGGAAUACUGCCUUACCAAAUGGGCUAGCAGUCCCUGAUGCAAGCAUGCAUUGUGUGAGAUCAACUGAAGAUGUCCUCGAGCUGAUGAAUAUUGGGCUAAUGAACAGAACCGUUGGUGCUACAGCUCUCAAUGAAAGAAGUAGUAGAUCACACUGUGUUCUUUCUGUUCAUGUUCGUGGUGUCGACGUGGAAACCGACUCUGUUUUGCGUGGUAGUUUGCAUUUGGUCGAUCUUGCUGGAAGUGAGAGGGUUGAUCGCUCUGAGGCAACUGGAGAGAGGCUCAAGGAAGCUCAGCACAUAAACAAAUCACUGUCAGCCCUUGGAGAUGUCAUCUUUGCUCUAGCGCACAAGAACCCUCAUGUUCCGUACAGAAACAGCAAAUUGACUCAAGUCCUUCAAAGUUCCUUGGGAGGACAGGCCAAAACUCUUAUGUUUGUUCAAGUCAAUCCUGAUGGAGAUUCAUAUGCUGAGACAGUAAGCACUUUGAAAUUCGCCGAAAGGGUUUCUGGUGUUGAGUUGGGUGCAGCAAAAAGUAAUAAAGAGGGACGAGAUGUGAGACAUCUCAUGGAACAGGUAUCGAGCUUGAAGGAUGUAAUUGCCAAGAAAGAUGAAGAGCUUCAAAAUUUUCAGAAGUUGAAAGGAAAUAAUGCAACCGUCUUAAAACGUGGUUUAAGCAAUUUAAGGUUGUUGGGACCUUCAUCACCUAGAAGACAUUCUAUGAGUGUUUCACCAAAUUCUCAAAGAGGAAAGGCCUCUGGUUUAUUUCGAAGAGCAGCCUCAGAUGUUGACAACUGUUCAGAAUAUAGUAGCAAGCAUUCCGAUUCUGGUUCACAGCAUUCAUCAGAUGAACGCAGACAACAAAAGGAUCUUCACCAAUCAUCUAAGUAUGCUGGUGGAGCUAAAGAAAUUGACUUAGAUGAAGAUAUUGAACUCAUAGGCCUUGCACAUGGUGAUUCUGAGGAAAGAUUGAGCGAUAUCUCUGAUAGUUGUCUUUCGAUGGGAACAGAAACUGAUGGUUCCAUAAGCAGUGCAGUGGAGUUGACUCUUUUCCCUGAAACCGUGAAACCUCUUGAAAUAACCGAACGACCUGAAACACACAUGAUCUCUGAGAAACCCGAGAAAUCAGCGAAAAUGNGGAAAACCGAGCCAAAAGAAAGAACUAAUAUUCCAUCGAGGAUUCCGAAGCAGACCGCGAAACCACCAGGCCAAACCAGACCCUCUCGUCUGUCAAUUGCCACUAGCUCCUCCUCUAAGGCCUUAACAAGUGCGAAAAGACCGACAAUUAGCACAUCAUCUUCAGCAAAACCACUCAACAAAAGGCGGUGA